AUGAACAACAAACGAAAAAAUCGUCAAGGGCCGCCGAGAUCGCCGCGCGGUCGUGUAGUAGCUGAGGGCGUAUAUAACAACGCGCACUUCAUGCACGCGGCCACGUCCCACGUCGGAGACAUCGUUCAGGUCCUCACCCAGAGCGGGUCACUCUGGGAAGGUGUCUUCAAGACGUUCAGCGCACAGUUUGAGGUGGUGCUUGAAGUUGCCCACCGCGUGGACCAAGAGGGCGGUAUCGCAGUGGAUUCUGUAGUAGAAAAGCUGAUCUUCAAGCCCCAGGAUGUUGUCUCCAUCCGAGCCAAGGAUUCGGAUCUAGAGUACGCGACCCACGACGUUUUCCAAACGGACAGCGCCAUAUCUAAUAAAUUUAAUGGUAACGGCAGAUCAGUUGAAGAGCGUCACCUAGAGCCGUGGCAUGGGGAGGGAGACAGCGGGGACGCGCCAGCUGUUAACGGUGACACCAGGCUCGACGAAUUGGAGCUCGACCAUCGUGCCAAUGGCUGGGACGCUAACGACAUGUUCAGAAAGAAUGAAGAGGUGUACGGUGUACACAGCACAUACGACCACUCGUUGGCCGGGUAUACAUUGCCGCUGCAGAGGAAAGACACCCAGGACUAUAGAGAAGCAGAAGCCAAAGCCGAGGAGAUAGCAGCUGAAAUAGAAAGCGCUGCGUCUUACAAGGCGAGAAUGGACUUAGAGAAUGGUGACGAGGAGGAGAGAUUCGCUGCUGUGGUCAGACCAGAGACUGGGAAGUACGUCAUACCUAACAAGAGGAAGAAUUUACAGUCGGGUAAACUAGUAAAGCCCUCAAACAACGGCGGGAACCCGUCCGCGGGAGCUGGCGGGGCGAAGCCGCCGGCCUUCGCCCACCCAGCAAAAGAAAAGGAACACCGUCCACCAAGGCAUCACCUCACCCCACCAUCUGACAGAAGACCAGAAGAACAACAGCCGGCGGCGAGUCCAGUAUCACUACCAUCAAACCCAGCCGUGCCCGCCAUCCCACCGACUGGCGGCACGUCGGGUGCUAGCAGCAAGAGUUACGCAGCGCAGGCGGGCGGCUACCACGCGCCACCAUUCCCCCACCACCACCAGCACCAGCCACCGCAUCAACACCACCACCACCCACAAUCAUCAAGUGGUAAAAUAAACGGUGAACAAAGAGCCGCUCCCCUGCCUCGACAAGGUUUCCCACCGCAUCAUCAUCACAACCCACCUCCGGGCGCCGAAAAUCACUCCCGCGCUCGCCUCCACGCUCCCGACCCACGAAGACAGGAUGAAGUACAGGAGCUUCGAAAGUUUGGUCAAGAAUUUAAGUUGGUAUCGUCACCUGCGCCGCACGCUCCCACCCAUACGCCUCAGCCGCAGCCGCACGCCCAGCAGCCACAGACGCACCCACACGCGCACCCUCACGCGCAUUCACAGCCGCAUCCACAACAACACUCACAGCAACACCCACAACCACACACGCACACAUCGCAACCGGCAUCGGCGGCACCCUCGUCAUCUGGUUCGUCGAGUCCACCGGAGGUAUCAGCCAACUCUGGGUCGCCUUCCACUCCACCUAAACGUGAUCGUCCACACAAACAUGACCCGCCAGCCUUACCGCCAGCCCUGCCGCCCACACCGCAGCCUGGACCGCCAUCACAACAUCACAAGCCACCGUCAGGGUCAAAGGCAGAGGAGGGCGAGGAAUCCCCAGCCAGUUCUCCACCAGCUACCUCUCCGGGCGUCGAACGUGUGCCCGUCAAGAAAUCCACACUAAAUCCUAACGCUAAGGAAUUCAACCCAAGCGCAAAAACUUUCACUCCUCGCAGCCCCACUACACCAGGACAUAGCAGACCACACACUCCGGGAACACCAGUGGGUGUGGGUUCAGGCGUGGGCGUAGGCGGCAUGGGUGUCGGCGUGGGCGUGGGUGGUCUGGGCGUCGUGGGCGCCGGGGUCAGUUACGUCGCCGCGCCGCCGCCGCCACAACACAUGGUGGCGGCGGUGCCAGCGUACGCGAUGGUUGCCGCUGCUGCUGCUGCUGCUCAACAGCCGCCAGCAUACAUACCUCAUCCGCAUCCAAUGGAGCUCCCGUGCGAGUGUCGCCAGUAUGCGCCGCCCUUGUUCGUGUUGGACAAGAGAGAGAGGGAAACGGUAAGGAGUGGGGAUUAG